UAAAUAUCUUAAAUUUUUUCUUGAUUUCUAUUUUAACAAAACAUCAGUAAUUAUGAAUUGCAACAUUAAUAAUACAACAACAAAUGUAGCUGCUGUUAUAAAUCCAGCUAUAACGGCGGUAACAGGCUCAAACGCAACUCCUAAUUCCACAGUGGUGGUGGACGAUUCUCCAGUUUCUUUAUUGUCGGAAAUUUCGGAUAUUAUGCGUAGUUUUGGCGAUAGUGAUCAACCGCGUAUGGAGAGUGUUAAAUUAGUGGAGCAUAUAUUGCAACAACAACUAAGAGGCAUGUUCAAUGAAGCUUCUUUGGUAGCUAUGAAGCGUAAAAAUAAUCCAUGUCCUUCACAAGCAGACUUUGAAUUUUUAAUGCGUAAUCAUCCGGUGAAAAUUGCCAGAAUGAGAAAACAUUUAAAGGAUAUGCGUAUAUUGAAGAAAUUCCUAAGCAUACGAACUGGCCGUCCCCAAGAUUUCAUGGAAGAUUUGGAUCAACAAGAGUCCGAUGAAGAACUUGGCAUUGAUGUGCCCGAAAUGUAUGAUGAAGAUAGAACUCGUCGUUUGUUUCGAGCAGAUCGUAUUUCACAAAUAUUGAGUGGACAACAGUAUUUGGAGUUCAAUGAGGCACGUAAAACUUCCUUCUAUUGUCGCCAUGGCGAAAAAAUUAAGAAUAAGUUUAGACGCUUUCUUGAUUUACCCGCCGAUCUAAGAAUCCCCACAACAACUAUGAAUAUUUUGGCUUACUUUGCACAUGAAACAAUUGCUGUUAUAGUGGAUUAUGCUAUAUUAACACGUUUGAAUUCAUCCAAUCGCGUUACAGAGCCUUAUAGUCGUGUCACAUCUACUGGUGCCUCUCCAGCUAUGAUGCACAUUUGUCCGGAAGUUACUCAAGGUCGAGGCAUGGAAGUUGUAAAACCCAUCAGUGUUCAAGAGAUUCAUGAGGGUAUUCGUCGUUUUCGCCAAAUGACUAGUAAAAAAGUUGGUUUUUAUCGAAGUUCUUGUGAUACAGAUUUUCGACGUUCAUUUUUAGCAUUGUAAGUGGUGUAUGGGAGGGAGUAAUUUUGGAAUCUAAUAAAUCUUCUAUAUAAAACAAAGUACUAUAAUGGCUAACAACGAAAGGCCAAGUGCUUAGAUAAUACUCAUUAAUCAUUUAAUAUAAGUUUAAAACACAAAAAUAUCUGAAAAACAAAAAUUUUUAAUUUUAAAUAAAAAAUGUUUACAUUUAUAUGGAGUUUCGGGCAAAAAGCAAACUAUGCUG